UCAUUUUAUACUUCGUAAAAGAAAAAGAAAAAGAAAAAGGAAAAUUUUCCAUUGCUGGCUUUCGCUACUCUCAGGUCUCAGCUGGUUCGGUCAUUUCUUGUGUCAUUUUUCUCUCCGUCACUCAGCACACCAUAACUUUCCAUGUCGUCCUUCUUCACUCUGAGAAAAUCCUCACCGUUAAUCUACCGUUUCCCAAUCCAACGGUCCUUCAAGAUCCGCAACUCUUCAACAACCUCACCAUCUUCCUCCUCCUCCUCCCCUUCGGCACCGUCUCUCCUGAAUCGUAGUAGCAGUAGCACCAACCCGCACUACACUCCUCCGCGGGGCUCCGGUCUCGGUCCUAAUUGGGCUUGGGCCCUUGCCGCGGGCUCAGGCCUUGGGGUUCUCCUGCAUUACCUCGCUAAGCCCAAUUCCCAAUUCGACUCUCCGUUCUUAUCGAAAUUACUGCCUUCUGUUGACUCGUGGUCAACUCCUCCUGGCAACGAAGUUGAGUCUGACCGUCGUUCCACACCGUCGUUGUUUAGAAAACUGUCCCUUCCAGAAAGUUCUAGUUUCUUCCUUAUUGGAGAUGCGUACAGAAGAAAGGUGUUUUUCAACUAUGAGAAGCGGAUACGGUUGCGAAGCCCACCCGAAAAGGUUUUUGAAUACUUUGCUUCUUAUCGUACCCCAGAAGGAGAACUACUUAUGAAACCAGCAGAUCUAAUGCGAGCAGUGGUUCCUGUUUUCCCCCCAUCUGAAUCCCAUCUUGUAAGAGAUGGGUACCUGAAAGGAGAAAGAAGUCCUGGUCAUUUACGGUGUGCUCCUUCGGAAUUUUUUAUGCUUUUUGAUGUAAAUGGUGAUGGCCUUAUAUCUUUCAAAGAGUAUAUCUUUUUUGUAACACUACUCAGCAUUCCAGAGUCAAGCUUUUCUAUAGCAUUUAAAAUGUUUGAUGUGGACAAUAAUGGGGAGAUAAACAAGGAAGAAUUCAAAAAAGUGAUGGCAUUGAUGCGAUCUCAUCAUCGACAAGGUGUUCAGCACAGAGAUGGAUUGCGAAUUGGCCUAAAGGUGAUUGAUUCUGUGGAAAAUGGAGGGAUGUUGGAGUAUUUCUUUGGUAAAGAUGGAAAUGAAUGUCUCCAGCAUGACAAAUUCGUACAGUUUUUGAGAGAUUUACAUGAGGAAAUUGUGAGGCUGGAGUUUUCUCAUUAUGACUACAAAUCUCAAAAAACCAUAUCAGCCAAGGAUUUUGGACUCUCCAUGGUUGCUUCUGCUGACAUAGGUCAUCUAGACAAGUUGCUUGACCGGGUUGAUCAGUUGGACAAUGAUCAACGUCUCAAGAAUGUACGCAUCACAUUUGAAGAGUUUAAAAACUUUGCAGAGCUACGCAAAAAAUUGUUACCAUUUUCAUUGGCGCUUUUCAGUUGUGGAAAAGUAAAUGGUCUAUUAACCAGAGAUGAUUUUCAGCGAGCUGCAUCACAAGUAUGUGGCAUAUCUCUCUCUGACAACGUAGUUGACAUUGUUUUCCAUUUGUUUGAUGCAAAUUGGGACAGAAACCUAAGCGCAGAUGAGUUUGUGAGAGUGUUACACAAGCGAGAAAGGGACAUUGUACAGCCUGUGGAGGCAGGAAUCUUUGGUUUCUUGUCUUGUUGCUGGAACUGUACGGAUAAUCUAUCACGCUUUCGGUUGUUUUAGAUAAUCUGAGUUUGCGGUACCCUUAUACAAGACAGAUUGGGUACUAAACUAAACUUUAACUCCCUCUGUUUCUCUUUAUUUGUCACCAUGAAAAUAUAUGGUACACAUUUUGAUCAAUGUUUUUGUUAUGGUGUACCACAUUUUCACAAUAACAAAUAAAAGAAGCAGAGAGAAUAUUUUGAUACCUGGAAAAUAUCAAAACUAAUAUGUUGUAGAAUAAAUGUGUGGAAUUGGCACUGAAAUGGUCAGUGGCACUAAAAAAGAGUUCUGAUUUUGGUGGAAAAAUGAGGGAGGGAAGGGAAGGACACAAGUUUAAAGUUUGGUUCAUUUUUUUCCUUUUUUACCAAACCCUCCUCUUCUCUGCUUUUCCAUAUGAAAUCAUAACUCACACAUCUUUAUAGAGAGGUUUUUGGUUGUGGAAACCCCUGAUAUGUGGAACACCUUUUCCCUGUAAAUACUAAAUAGUAACUGACCUGACCUCAGCUUUGUAGUUGGUAACCAUGCCAAUUCUCUGUUUCUUGUUCCAUAAUAUUUGUAUUUGGAGAAUUUUAAUGUUAACAAAUUUCACUAUA